UUCUCUAUUUUGUGAGUUAAGCCCUGUGGGAUUUCCAAGUAGCAGAGGAUUCAAUCAUAAAUGGAAUCUAAAACGCUGCACACUAGGCUUCAUUCCAUUCCUAUUCAUGGGUACUUUUAGGUUUUGAAAUCUACAAAGAAACCUUUGUUUAUCUACAACAGCAUUUUUCGUAAGGAAGGCAUUCCACAGGUAGUGCAGACUAGGUCCAGAGAAUGUACUCAAACUCUGUGCAGACAGUUUAACAAGGACUUCCAGCUACCAAGGAGCUCCAGAGAACAGGCUCUUCCUUUAAUCUAAGGAACAGGUGAGGAACAGGCAGAACCUGCUUCUCCAGGUGUGAAGUAAGCAAUCCGCGCUUCUCAUUUGAUAGCAACAGCAAAUGUACAACUUUAUCUCCAACUUAUUUGACUUCAUUGUUUGGCUUUCAAUUAACUGUAUGAGAACCAUAAAGCCAGCCUGUGGCUUAGAAGUGAUUUAAGCGUUUGAUCGAGCAUUACACUCCAUGGCACUCGGAUUUUCUCCCAGACUAAGAACUCUAACACCACGGGUGAGAAAACAAGAACAAGACAGUAAGGAGGAAAGGAAUGAUGAAAGACCGCCUUCAAGAAUUAAAACAGAAAACCAAGGAAAUCGAACUCGAACUCUCUCGGGACAGUCAGGUGUUUGGAGAAGCAGAGGAACAAGGCGUGCUUGUCCAGCAAGCUGUUAUUUAUGAGCGAGAACCUGUAGCUGAGAGACACCUACAUGAGAUCCAAAAACUGCAAGAGACUAUCAACAGCUUUGCUGAUGAGGUUCAAAAGUUUGGACAGCAACAGAAAAGUCUGGUGGCUUCCAUGAGACGGUUUAGCCUACUUAAACGGGACUCUACCAUUGCAAAGGAGAUAAAAACCCAAGCAGAACACAUUAACAGAGCACUGGGUGAUUUAGUCAAAGAAGUAAAAAAGUCAGAGGUUGAAAAUGGUCCAUCAUCGGUGGUCACAAGGAUACUGAAGUCUCAGUAUGGCGCGAUGUUCCGCCACUUUCAGCAAACCAUGUUUCUAUACAACGACACAAUAGCUUCCAAGCAAGAGAAGUGCAAGACAUUUAUCGUCCGUCAGCUGGAAGUGGCUGGAAAAGAAGUGUCUGAAGAAGAAGUGAACGACAUGCUUCAUCAGGGAAAAUGGGAAGUGUUUAAUGAAAGCUUACUCACAGAAACCAGUAUCACUAAAGCCCAGCUCUCGGAGAUUGAACAGAGACACAAGGAGCUUGUGAAUCUGGAGAACCAAGUGAAGGACCUCAGGGACCUGUUCAUGCAGAUCUCUCUUCUGGUAGAGGAGCAAGGAGAGAGCAUCAACAGCAUUGAGGUCAUGGUGACCAGCACAAAAGAGUAUGUUAUCAAUACCAAAGAGAAGUUCGGACUCGCUGUAAAAUACAAGCGAAGACACCCCUGCAGGGCCCUGUGCUGCUGCUGCUGCCCCUGCGGCGGCUCCAAAUAGAGACGCUAUUUUAGAAACGCCUCAGGGCCUGGGGGGAAGGUUUCCACAUUUCACAGCCUUGUUUUGGUUGUCUUCAUUUCAUGAGUCCAGGUACGGGCAUUCUAUCACGGCUAACUGGUCAUUUUCCCCUUGACCAUUGACCCACUAACGUUACAGAACUCCUGAAGCCAGGGACAGAAGACAAGCAUUUACUUAACAUCUCCAGGUUAACUAUAAAAAAAUGAAAGGCCUUAUGUUUCUGGAAAAAUAUUGAGUGCUACUGUGCAUUUAUAUACUCUUAAGAUGAAUAUUUAAGUGAUAACUACUUUAUUAAUCUGGCUUAUUUGAGAAUAUUUAUUAAUUAAGAGUUGUAUAACACAAGACCUCAAAACAUGCCGCAGUGUACCAAAAUGAAAGUAAAUGCCUAUUAAGCCUCUAUCCUCAGAUAGGUGAGUAAACCUGGUGAUCAUUAGGUCCUGGGGAAACUCAAUCAUCAACUUGAUGAAAAACUUACCUGGUGACAGUCAAGCAUAAGACCUAUGGUGUGGUAAGGCUGUUCCUGUGAACUUGGAAAUGGACAAGAAACUGAAUUACAUACAGACCGGAGGGCUUGACAAAGUCUAAGUAAAGGCAAUUGUGUUCUUGAACAUGUGACAUCACUUUAUGAUAAAGCAAGCACUAAAGAAAAAAAAGUAUAAAUUAAUGGAGAGGCAUUCCUAAGCACUCUUCAAGUUCGGGAUGGUCCUCCUGACAUGACAGCCUCCGGAGUGCUUGGAUGACACAGGGAUGUAGCACUGAGCCCAUUCGGCUCUUUUUCUUUAAACAUCUUUUACUUCACUAUCUGUUUUUGCCCACUGUGGCCCAGCUGUACUGUCCUCUUUCUGUAAUGGAGCAGGAGUUUCUAUACUCUUUGUUUCGUAUGCCUGAAAUAAACCUAUCUAUUAUCACCAA